AUGGAAAGGCUAAGGAAUAAAUACUUGAAGAAUGUUGAGCAAAAGAGAAAAAGACCAGCACCUCAGUACACAAUUUAUGGUUAUGCCAUUGUUCUGCAAUAUUGGGCCUAUGAAAUUUUCACAAAGUUCUCUGCAUUUGCUGAUCAACAACCCCUGGCCUUUCCAAGAAUGCUUAGCUGGUCAGCGCAUAAAAUGCUGAAAGAGAAAGAUAUUGAAGGUGUAUUUAAGAAAAAAAGUAAUCUUGUGAAGGCCACGCUCAAUCCAAGACCCGAAGAGAAAGAAUUUCAUGACUCUAUUAUUCAAGGACCAGAUGAACUACUCAUGGGACGUGUUAUUAGCUUUGUAGACGAUGAUGUGGAAUUGGAGUUUGAAAGGGAAGAACGUGAGGAAUCUCCCACAAAGCCCGAUGUAGCAGAUGGGCAUCGUCACUAGCAAGACAAGAAAGAGAUACCAACUCCAAUUAACACCCACCAUGAAAAGUUGUUAGCUGAUAUUGACACUUUGAAAAGUAACCAACAAAGAAUGGAGGAGAAGUUGGAUUAUCUAAUUGAAUUAGUGCUCUCGCAACGUAAAGGUAGUGAUUCUGAGGAUUCAUUAUCAGAUGAGCAUCUUGCUUCACCACACCGUACAUUUAUUAUGGAGCACGUUGUUGGAGAAGAUAGCCCUAGCUGUAAGGUGGUAUCUCCUGGAGAUAUGGCUGGGGUGGAAUUCAAGAGAAGGAGGGUUCCAACGAAAAGAAUUUUUGGUUCCGAGUUUACUGAUCCAACUAAGAAGAAAAAGAAAGCAAAGACAAUUGUAACUGAUCCUUGUGAAAUUAAUCCCCUACAGCCAUAUGACGAAAAGCAAAUGAGACGUUUUAAGAAAUGGGUAAUUGGUUUA